AUGAACUGGAUCAACUUCCACGCUCAGAUACCGGUACUCGAGCAAAUCCGAGUACCCCGUUGGAUCAAUCUAGGUCCGUCUUGUGUCCACUUCGAGGUCCAUGGCUUCUCCGACGCCUCUGAACGGGCGUAUUCCGUCGUAGUGUACCUGAGGACAAGGUCAAACGACUCAUGGGUUGUUAACCUAAUCGCCGCCAAAACAAAGGUCACACCACUCAAGCAGGUAUCGUUACCUCGCUUGGAGCUAUGCGCUGCCGUCCUUCUCUGCCACCUAGUCAAACACGCUAUGACGAUCUUCGACCUAGCUGCGCCACUUCACCUGUGGACGGACUCCACCGUCACGCUGGGCUGGAUCCGCGGCCACCCAUCUAGGUGGCAGACCUACGUUGCGAAUCGCGUCUCCGAGAUCCAGAGGACCACCCCGCAGACUGCGUGGCAUCACAUCUUCGGUCAGGACAACCCAGCCGACUGCGCUUCCCGUGGUCUCUCUCCCAAGGAACUGCUGGGUCAUCCACUGUGGUGGCAAGGUCCGUCUUGGCUAAGGUUGGAAACUGCCGCAUGGCCGACUACCGUCGGUCAUAACGUCGAGGAGCCCCUGCUGGAGAGGCGCACCCGAGUCCACGCCGAAGUGACAGCGGCACCAACGAGCGAGGCCGCUGAGUUGGUGCGAUUCUCCUCCCUGAAGAGACUCCUGCGCGUUACAGCCUGGUGCCGACGGUGGCUGAGCGUGAAGGCAGGUCAUGCAGCUAUCACUCGCCGGCGCUCCCCCGGGACUCUAUCUGCUGACGAGAUAGAGGAGGCUCGAGUUUCCUGGAUCCGGCGAGUACAAUCAAACCAUUUCGGGGCCGAUUUAAAGUUGACAAGUCAGGAUCUCGCUCUCGGUAAAUCAAACUCACUCGCUCGUUUCAGUCCCUUUUUAGAUGCUGAGGGUCUCCUGCGGGUUGGAGGUCGGCUCAAGCACUCCAUCUUGACCUAUGACGAGCGUCAUCCCGUCCUCCUGCCAAAGGACUCGCACCUCACCCGGCUAAUCGUGGACGACUGCCAUCAACGAGCGUUGCACGGCGGAACGCAGCUCACAUUGUCGCUAAUCCGCCAGCAAUAUUGGAUUCCACGAGGUCAAGCGAUAGUUAAGGGGGCUAUCUCGCGAUGCAUCACUUGUGUGCGAUGGCGGGCGGCAACCCCACAGCAGUUGAUGGGCGAUCUUCCACGGGAAGGAGUGGUACCUGCGAGGCCCUUCCUCCACACCGGGGUCGACUAUGCCGGGCCGAUCCAACUCCGCACGACCAAGGGGCGCGGACACCGCUCUUACAAGGCCUUCGUGGCGAUCUUCGUCUGCCUUGCUUCCAAAGCCGUGCAUCUCGAAGUGGUCUCCGACUAUACGUCCGAGGCCUUCCUUGCGGCUCUCAGACGAUUCGUCUUUCGUCGCGGCAUCUGUCGCAGUCUCCGGAGUGACUGCGGAACCACCUUCGUGGGGGCCGAUGCUGAGCUAAGGGCCCUCUUCACCACUGGUACUCCGGGAAACCACCGGGUCAUCAACAGACUCGCCUCCGAGAAAAUUGAGUGGAAGUUCAAUCCUCCCUCAGCGCCACACUUCGGAGGUAUUUGGGAGACCGCAGUCAAAUCGCUCAAACACCACCUUCGACGAGUGAUUGGCGACGCCAAACUAACAUACGAAGAGAUGAGCACCCCCCUCACUCAAGUCGAGGCGUGUCUGAAUUCGCGGCCACUACAAGCGCUCUCGGACGACCCUGAAGAUCUAGCUGCAUUGACGCCCGGACACUUCCUGGUGGGAGCCGCCCUGACUGCCGUGCCCGAGCCGUCCUUGCUGGAUCAACCGGCGUCUUAUCCCGCUGGCAGCUCCUGCAAAAGAUGCGAGAUCACUUUUGGGAGCGCUGGUCGAAGGAGUACCUCCACUCCAUAA